GACUAUUAUUUGACUGCUGCACGUGAAAAACUAUACCAGUUAAAAAAUUUUCCGUUAAGAUCUUUUAAAAAAAAAUAUAAUAAUGACCUCCACACAACAGACGAAUGUAGAAACGGCAAAAAUUUCACAAGAAACCUUAUCGCCUUCAAAAAAUGAAAAUGAAAAUGAACAGUCUGAUGCAUUCAAUCCAGAAACUGGAGAAAUUAAUUGGGAUUGUCCAUGUCUAGGAGGAAUGGCUAAAGGAUCUUGUGGAGAGCAAUUUAAAGCAGCAUUUUCAUGUUUUAUUUAUUCAAAGGCGGAACCAAAAGGUGUUGAUUGUCUGGAACAAUUUCAGAAAAUGAAAGAUUGUUUUAGAGAACACCCUGAUGAGUAUGGUGAUGAAUUAGAUGAUGAUGAUGAUGAUACAGAAGAGGAAGCAAAUUUGUUACAGAAGACGCAAAAAAUACAGAUGUGUCAAAAAUUACGGCUGCUUCAACUACCGAGACCUCUAAUACUUUUAAUCAUUCUGAUACAAGUGAUAAACAAAAGUAUGAAAAAUCCGAAAAAUCUAAAAAUUGAAAAUAUUAUCAUUUCAGCCUAAAAAACUUAUUUCACAUUCAUUACAUGAAAUUGUGACAUUAAAUUGAGAAUAAACUUCAUGAUUUAAAGUUUAUUAUAACAACCAUUAUUUUAUUUAUUAUUGUUAUUUUUUUUUUUUUUUAUU